AACAGGAGCUCUACCAGCGCAGGAAGCCAGGCGAGCGACGACUGCCAGGCAGUGGGACCAGAACUCACCCACGGCGACAGAGCCCAUAACUGCAUCCCCUCAUGGGCCUUUGGGCUGGGCAGCCAGCUCCGUCUUCCUCCUGGUGACGAAUUGAGAGCGACGGAGUCGAAUCCAGAGUGACCCCUGGAAAGCAACAACUUCCGGAACGCGGCAUUAUGGGAAGUGGCUAGGCCGCCACCACCACCAGCACCACCACCACCAGCACCACCUCCCGGGACCAUCGGCUCUGACGCUAAAACUUACACAUGUCCAAAAAUGAUUGAGAUAGAGCAGGCGGAGGCCCAGCUUGCUGAGUUAGACCUGCUAGCCAGUAUGUUCCCUGGUGAGAAUGAGCUCGUAGUGAAUGACCAGCUGGCUGUAGCAGAACUGAAAGAUUGUAUUGAAAAGAAGACAAUGGAGGGGCGAUCUUCAAAAGUCUACUUUACUAUCAAUAUGAACCUGGAUGUAUCUGAUGAAAAAAUGGCGAUGUUUUCUCUGGCCUGUAUUCUUCCCUUUAAAUACCCGGCAGUUCUGCCUGAAAUUACUGUCAGAUCAGUAUUAUUGAGUAGAUCCCAGCAGACUCAGCUGAACACAGAUCUGACUGCAUUCCUGCAAAAACAUUGUCAUGGAGAUGUUUGUAUACUGAAUGCCACAGAGUGGGUUAGAGAACACGCCUCUGGCUAUGUCAGCAGAGAUACUUCAUCUUCACCCACCACAGGAAGCACAGUCCAGUCAGUUGACCUCAUCUUCACGAGACUCUGGAUCUACAGCCAUCAUAUCUAUAACAAAUGCAAAAGAAAGAAUAUUCUAGAGUGGUCAAAGGAGCUUUCCCUGUCUGGGUUUAGCAUGCCUGGAAAACCUGGUGUUGUUUGUGUGGAAGGCCCACAAAGUGCCUGUGAAGAAUUCUGGUCAAGACUCAGAAAAUUAAACUGGAAGAGAAUUUUAAUUCGCCAUCGAGAAGACAUUCCUUUUGAUGGUACAAAUGAUGAAAUGGAAAGACAAAGGAAAUUUUCCAUUUUUGAAGAAAAAGUGUUCAGUGUUAAUGGAGCCAGGGGAAACCACAUGGACUUUGGUCAGCUCUAUCAGUUCUUAAACACCAAAGGAUGUGGGGAUGUUUUCCAGAUGUUCUUUGGUGUAGAAGGACAAUGACAUCAAGAGUAGUUGAAAGUAUCUUGCCACUGUUGGCCUUUUGAUUUUUUUUUCCCACUUUUUCUUGAAAGAUUAAGUAAUUUUAUUUUAGUUCCAUUCUAGAAUGUUGGGGAGUGGGGCACAAGAAAAAAUAGUAUAGCUGAAAUGCAUCUGUUAAAAAUGUCAUGAUUGAAAGCAGAACUGAGUUUCAAAUUACAACCUUAAAAUUGUUGUUAGAUAUUUCUUCACAUAUCAGCUGCCCAUUUUGAAAAAGAAAUUAUCCAUAAAGGUAAUGUUGGUGCUCCAAUUUGCCAGCCAUUCCCAACCCCCUUCUCCCUUACCUGCCUUCACUAAAGAACCCAGAAAAGCUAAUUGCUCCCCUUUCAGCCUCUGUUGCAACUAACAACUCUCAGUGGCCUCAGGACACAGCUUUGGCCUUGGGAAUUCUGGGAAAACUUUUACUUCCUGAUUAAAGAUACAUAUGCAGCUAGGCCACCUCCUCCCCCCCUUACUGCCAUAAACACCAAAGUGAUGACUGGAGCUGGAGGAGUUAUUUGAACCAUGACAGAAGGAAGGGCCAAGAGAACCACGAAGAUGCCAGUUGCCACAUUGUUGAGCUGCUGACCCAACACCAGCCAUUGCCUGUCUCUAAACGUCUUAUGAAAUAAAACCAGUUUUGUUUAA